CCUAGCCUGCGGGAGCCGCUCUAGGCCGCGCGUCCUCCCUCCACCUCCUCCGCAGCCGGCCUCCGCGCUGGCCCCCGCCAGCCGGCCAGCCUGCCGGGGUGGGUGGAGGAGCGCACGCCGCGCCGCGUCCUUAUCAACCGGCGGGGCGGCGUGGUGCGGGGCCACGCGGUCAGAGGAGGCGCAGUCCCGGGCCCGCCGCGGGUGGGGCCAUGGCUCCCCUGGGCGCGGCGGCCACCCGGGGUCCGAGAGGCGGCAGGGAGCGCUGAGUCCCGAGCGGCGGUGCGCGCGGGCAGGCGGCCGUCGGGGCGCCAGGGGAGCGCACGCGGCACCAUGCGCCCCCGCCUGCCGCCACUGCCCGGGCUGCUGCUGCUCGCCUGCGCCGCGCACGCGGUCGGUGCCCCGCCUCGACUGUGUGACGUGCUGCAGAUGCUGCGGGCGGAGAGGGACCAGUGCCUGCGGGAGCUCUCCCGGGAGAGCGCGGAGCAUCCAGCCCCAGGCUGCCGGGGGCUGUGGGACAACACCAGCUGCUGGCCAUCCUCUGCACUGGGACAGACAGUGGAAGUGGCAUGCCCGCGGUUCCUCUGGAUGCUCGUGGGCAGGAAUGGUUCCAUGUUCCGGAACUGCACACAGGGCGGCUGGUCAGAAACCUUCCCCAGACCUGACCUGGCCUGCGGGGUCAACGUGAAUGACUCCUCCAACGAGAAGCGGUAUCAGUACCUGCUGAAGCUGAAGGUCAUGUACACCGUGGGCUACAGCUCCUCCCUGGUGAUGCUCCUGGUUGCCCUCAGCGUCCUCUGUGCCUUUCGGAGGCUCCACUGCACCCGCAACUACAUCCACAUGCACCUGUUUGUGUCCUUCAUCCUGCGUGCCCUGUCCAACUUCAUCAAGGAUGCCGUGCUCUUCUCCUCCGACGAUGCCACCCACUGCGAUGCCCACAGGGUGGGCUGCAAGCUGGUCAUGGUCUUCUUCCAGUACUGCAUCAUGGCCAACUACUCCUGGCUGCUGGUGGAAGGCCUCUAUCUUCACACGCUCCUUGUCAUCUCCUUCUUCUCAGAACGGAAGUGGCUCCAGGGAUUUGUGGCCCUCGGCUGGGGUUCCCCAGCCAUCUUUGUUGCUUCGUGGGCUGUCACCAGGCACUUUCUGGAAGAUGUUGGGUGCUGGGACAUCAAUGCCAACGCGUCCAUCUGGUGGGUCAUCCGAGGGCCUGUGAUCCUCUCCAUCCUGAUUAAUUUCAUCCUUUUUAUAAACAUUCUAAGAAUCCUGAUGAGAAAACUUAGAACUCAAGAAACAAGAGGAAAUGAAGUGAACCAUUAUAAGCGUCUGGCCAAGUCCACCCUCCUGCUGAUCCCCCUCUUCGGGAUCCACUACAUCAUCUUCGCCUUCUCCCCUGAGGAUGCCAUGGAGAUCCAGCUGUUUUUUGAAUUGGCCCUUGGCUCAUUCCAGGGCCUGGUGGUGGCCGUCCUCUACUGCUUCCUCAAUGGGGAGGUGCAGCUGGAAGUUCAGAAGAAGUGGCGUCAGUGGCACCUGCGUGGGCUCCCGUUGCGGCCCGCGGCCCCCAGCUCCUCCUCCAGCAACGGCAUCAAGGCCAGCCCCUCGGAGCAGAGUCGGGCCACCCGCGGGACCAGUGUCAUCUGAGGCUGGCCAGCCCAGGUCAUAGGAGAGCCUGCCUUCCUGCCAGAUGCUGUGUGGUCUCUCAGUGACUAUUGCACCCCUCCUCCUGGCCUUGGGGUGGGGUUGUGGUGAUGCUUCCUCAGAACUGAUGGGGCCUGGGACAGCAAGAGGGCCUGGGAUUCAGAUCUGUUGAGUUUCCUGGAAAGAGUAGUUCAGGGGUCCCAGGAGCGGGCAGGGGAAUAAAUGGUAACUGGGAUGAGA